AUGUGGUCACCAUCAAACUCUCACACGCACACGAUGAUAAUGCUUGCGGUGGCAGUGCUGCUGCUGCUCCAGAAUGACAUCUCGUCAUCAGCAUCAGCAUCGUCGUCAGCAUCGGCAUCAGCAUCGGCAUCGUCAUUCGUAUCAUCAUGGAUUCCUACUGCCAACGCUUGGCAAAUAAACUCUCUUCCAAGACGGCAAACAUCCCUUCAUCUAUCAUCGCGUCCUGCCGAUGACUUUCUUGCUACACCACCACCACCACCACCGCCACCACCACAACGUCAAGAGCAAUCACACAAAUCGAGGCCAUCCUUGAACGAAAUGGACGAUGCUGGGAGGAUUCUUACAUCGUCAUUAUCGACGAGUAUGCGCACCGACAACAGUGUAUUCAACAGGGACGAACUGAACAAUGAAUCGUCCACUACAACCGCCACCGCAAUGGCAACAACGCAAACCGAAUUCACUCCCUUCCAACAGGCUGUCCGAGCACUUGUCGGUCUGGGGACCAUUGGAUACAUGAUCAAUCCAGAACCAGGUGACAACUUGAUCGAGUCAGUCUAUUCUGCCAUUUACCACUGGGAUUUGGCCAGUACUCCCCUCUUUGAAGCCAAAGUUGCCGUCAUGGGCUUUUUGAUUCCCAUUGUUGGGUUCAGUUCCUUGCAUUUGCUACUGGGUGAAACAACAACCAAGGCAUCUCGAUUUGAUGGCCAAAUGCCAACAAAACCCUUUGAAUGGGCCGAAGUGGAGAAUUGGAACUUGGCCUUCAAUCCAGUAACUGCCUAUCUUGGCAGCAUAUGGAUCUAUCACCAAUUUGUGCAUCCCCAUGCGGGAUUGCCCGAAAUGGCACCGACCUUGGGCGUCUUUGCCAUGGAAACGUUAUUUGGGGUUUGGUUGUACGAUUUGGUAUUCUUUCCCAUUCAUUACUUGAUGCAUCAUUCCAAAUGGGGCAAACUACGAAAGGUUCAUGGAUACCAUCAUCGGGUCACCAGUCAUUCACUAAAUGCCUUGGAGACAGUCCAGCAUUCGUAUUUGGAUGGCUUUUUGCAAGUCGCCGUCAAUGUCUUGGUCCAACAAAUAUCACCCUUUGGUGGAUUUGGACACAAGCAUUUUCUUUCGAGAUUGGCACACAACCUUGUGGUUACCUAUCUAUUGACGGAAGCGCAUUCGGGAUAUGAUUUGCCGUGGAUGUCCCAUCGAAUCUUUCCCGAAAUUCUCGGUGGAUCGCCACUCCACGAGGGUCAUCAUCAUGAUGGACGGGUCUACUACCAACAAUACUUUAAAUAUCUCGACGACUUUUUUGGUUUCACCAAGGAAGAUUUGGAACGGGAAAAGGAAGAAAAGUUGUUGUUACGGGAACAACAACAACAACAACAAUACCAACCACGAGUGCAAGAAGAAGAACCAAUGUCAUUGGUGCUGACAGCAACUACGGACAAACCAGAAUCAAUUUAA